AUGAGUGAUGAUAUAGAUUAUAAACCAUUAUUUAUAGCACUUAUUGAUGAAACAAAUAAGCCACUUCUGAUUCAUGUUCCAGAUGAAAAGUCUCAAGAUAUAGAGAAGGUACUAAAAUAUAACGUUUUCUCAAAUAUUUCAUUGGAUUAUUUUGAUAGUCAAUUGUUCGAUACCUUAGCAUUAGAAACAGAGAUAAUGGUGAAGUUAUUCUUUAAAUUAGAAGGUGUUGCUGUAUAUGGUAUGCUAAUGAAACCAACUGGAUUAAAAAUUGUAAUUGGUGUUGAUGAAUAUGAUGAAGAAGACGAAAAGAUCAAUGAUCUUUUUAAUAAAGUUAAAAGAAUUUAUAUCAGAGUGAAAUGCAAUCCAUUUGUCACUGCAGAAACCUCCAAUGAUGAUGAAAAUCAUAAGUUCACUGUUGAAAAACUACAAACUAAUUUAAGUAAGGUAUUCCCAUAG